AUGGCGGAGAGAAAGCCGAUGCACACUUUCCCGACACCUCUCGGACCGCUUCCGAGGGUUAUCGGAUCUCCGCCGGAGGCUCAGGCGCGGCUCCCUCCUCCAGUGGAUUCGAGUCGGUUGCUUGAACAAAUUGAUCAGCAGGUAGACCAGCUUCCUAUCCUCGUGGUUCUCGAUGACGAUCCCACUGGGACACAAACAUGUCAUGGAAUCAAUGUCUUGACAGUGUGGGAUGAUGCAACUUUGGUAGAAGAGUUUUCCACAUGCGACCGUGGAUUCUUCAUACUCACUAACUCGCGCGCGCUCCCUACCGCCGAAGCUCGCAGACUCAUAUCCGAAAUCUGUACGGCGGUGAAGAAAGCAGCAGUACAGGCUCAGAAGGCCUUUGAAAUUGUCUUACGUGGUGAUUCAACUUUACGGGGACAUUUUCCCGAUGAGCCCCAGGUUGCCGAGGAGGUAAUUGGGCAAGUCGAUGGCUGGAUCCUCGCACCGUUCUUCCGACAAGGCGGAAGGUUCACCAUUGACGAUGUCCACUAUGUGGCCGAUGCUGAAGAAAACCUGGUUCCGGCUGCCCAAACCAUCUUUGCAAAGGAUGCGACGUUCGGGUACACAAGCUCCAAUCUAAUCGACUACGUGGUCGAGAAGUCAAAUGGCUCAAUUCCUCGUCAUCGUGUGCAGUCUAUCUCUCUGCAGGAUAUCAGAGAGGGGGGUGUUUCUGCAGUGGCCAAAAAGCUGCUCGAAUUUGCGCAAGGGUCUAUCAUCAUUGUCAACGCGAUGAUUGAUACUGACCUGGAAAUUUUUGUCCUUGGUCUGCUGCAGGCAAAAUCCGCUGGUCGCAACUAUAUUUAUAGGACAGGAGCUGCUUUUGUAUCGACGCGACUAGCGAUAAGAACGAAGCCUCCUCUCAGUGCACGCGACUUGGGACUCGACACGGAAGCGUCUUCUCCGGGCGGGUUGAUCAUUGCCGGAUCCUACGUGCCCAAGACGACUGAUCAGCUCCAAUCUCUGACUUCGGGACGUGGGUCUGAACUAAAGGUCAUCACUCUGGAUGUGGAGGGACUGCUGCAUAGUGCUGAAAGCAGCUACGCUACAGUACUUAAUGCUGCUGAUGAGGCUGGCAAGUAUAUUGUCGAUGGACAAGAUGUCCUACUCAUGACAAGCAGACGACUAGUUAGCAGCCAUGACGAGUUAUCUGGUUUGCAAAUUGGAAGCAAGGUGUCUAAUGCAUUGGUUUUAUUUCUACAACUCUUGAUACCCCGGCCUCGAUAUGUCAUUGCCAAGGGCGGUAUCACUUCGUCAGAUUUAGCAACGACAAGUCUUCGCAUGCGACGUGCUCAAAUCAUUGGCCAAGCACUGGCGGGAGUACCUAUUUGGCGCUGCGAAGAGCCGUCAUCGAAGUUCGUCGGUAUCCCAUACGUUGUUUUCCCAGGGAAUGUCGGCCACCAGGAAGCCCUGUUGGAUUUGGUCACGAGUUGGAAAAGCAAAAGCCCCGAGAAACAGCCAAAAAUGCAGUAUCAACGACUUGGCAACAGUGGGUUGAAAGUCUCCAAGAUUAUUCUCGGUUGCAUGACAUUCGGCAAUCCGUCAUGGGAAGGCAGUCCAUGGGUUCUUCCAGAGGCCGAAGCACUCCCGCUACUAAAAAAGGCAUAUGAUUGUGGCAUCAACACAUGGGAUACAGCCGAUACUUAUUCCAACGGGAUGUCUGAGAUCCUGAUCGGAAAGGCUCUAGAGCAGUACAAUAUUCCACGAAGUAAAGUUGUCAUCAUGAGCAAGCUAUACUACCCAGUUCUUGCACCUGAAUCGAAUGCCCGACCCAAUCCUGCCGUGAACGAUGGUGGCCUGGUCAAUCAAAUGGGGCUAAGUCGGAAGCACAUCUUUGACGCAGUGGAGGCAUCUCUUACUCGACUCAAGUCCAGCUAUAUCGACGUUCUACAACUACAUCGCAUUGACGAUACCCAACCGGAGGAGGUCAUGCGCGCUUUACACGAUCUCGUUCAAAUGGGCAAAAUCCAUUACCUGGGUGCAUCCAGCAUGUACUGCUGGCAGCUCGCGAGAUUACAAUAUGCCGCGAAAAUGAACAAUUGGACCACAUUCACCAGUAUGCAGGGUCUUUAUAACUUACUCUACCGAGAAGAAGAACGUGAGACAAACAGAUUUUGUCAAGCUGAGGGAAUUGGUCUGAUCCCGUGGAGUCCUCUGGCACGCGGGCUAUUGGCUAGACCAUGGAAUGUCAAAACCGAUCGGUCCAUGAAGGAUGCAAAGACUGCAAAGUGGUUCGCUGGUGAGCAGGAUCAAAAGAUUAUUACAAGAGUCGAUCAACUUGCGCGGUCGAAGGGAUGCAGCAUGAGCGCAGUUGCGAUGGCAUGGCUGUUGAAGAAGGGCGCUUGUCCGAUUGCCGGGUUGAAUAGUAUCGAGAGGAUAGAGUCGGCGUCAGAGGCGCUGGCGGUUCGUUUAAGUGAUGCUGAUAUACGCUUUCUCGAGGAGCAUUAUAGACCUCUUCCCGUGCAAGCGAUCUGA